AUGGCUGCCACACUUGCCGCCGUAAGCACCGCAAGCGGCUUGCAAUGCGAUGGUUAUACCGUCCGGCUCACAUGGCUGCCUGCCUCAGUCGGAACUGGGGAUAAUCCACAACGGCCAAAGCGCACAGCUGCGCUGGAAAAGAACACAUCACCACAUGAAGCAUAUCUACCAAGCCACUUCAAUCGCUGCGUCCAUGGGCAGUUGACGCACCUCAUGGGUGAUUGGCUGACGGACCUGUUAUAUCAUCCCUAUCUCGAACCUGCAUUGAUGGCCAUCUCAGCUUCCAAUCUGUUCCAAGAGAAUGUCUUCCGCCGCGAUCCUACAUCAUCCUCGUGGCAUAUCAAGGAGAGGCAGACCGAUAAAUUGACACAGUCAUGCUUUCGUCUCGCUAUCAAUUACUACAACGAUGCCAUCCGAACAAUUAGCGACACAACCCCCAAUGGAAACAAAUCUCCCCACCUGAACCUUGCAAGUUGGGCCGAUAUGCGGACACGCAAAAACAGACAAAAACUUGCCUUUAGACCAUUAGAGAUCGAACUUAGUAGAGCUUCCGACACUCGAGAAAGAGUCUUGAUGUCUCAUGCUCUGCAAUUUUCUUCUGGUGUCGCAUCUGCCCUUACCAAUGCGAUCUCGAUGAGGGAUCGGCUUGUCUUGCAAAUGUGCGCGGCUUCUGAUGGGAUAGAUGAGAGACUCGUAUUAGGUCACUUCCGGCAAUGGUACUCGCAUUUCUUUGACUUCAACUACACAGAGGAGCUCUCUUCUGAAGCUGAAUGUGUUCUCAGCAUCGAGGAAUUGAUGAACGGUCUUGAUGCCACGAAGCAGGUACUCCAUGAAUGGCGCAACGGUCUUGACAAAUCACAGCUCCCAGUUCUACAGACAUCUUUCCCUUCCGCACUUGAUCAGAUCUUUGAGGACCGGCUAGUCUUGGUCGAAGACGUGACACCGCUACAGUUUAGGACACCCCAAGCCGCGUUCAAUUAUCUACGUUAUGCCAUCAGCUUAGUUAUUACAUCGCCGCAAGUCCUGAAUAUGUACGUUCUUGCCACACGACCUAGAGCGCCAAGUACACAUGUUCCCGCCGUUGUAGCUCACCUGCUUUCGGUGAUUGAAGGGCUCGAUCCAGCGCAGCUUAUCCGCUACGACGUGUAUGACAGCGGACCUCUCUGGGUUCUGGUGACUUUGGCGCUGUGCGUGCCAGAGCCUCACGUUGUGUCGUGGAUCCUUGAGACUAUCUUCCCAAGAUAUGAACAAUGCGAAAGAAAUGCUGCUGUGUAUACGGUCGCAGUUGCAGAAAGGAAUUUUACCACUACUAUGCUCCUCAAGUUCCUUGAUUACAGAUGA